UGGAUUCUGACGAAACAAUUUAAUAAAACAAAUAAGAAACAAGGAGAACAAAUCGAGGUAUCAAGUUUACCACUCUUAUGCGAGGUCAAAUUAGCACGAGAUAAGAUGCGACUCGCCAAGAUCAACUUAGUUUUCUGUCGACUAGGAACAUGGCAGCCCUCACGAGAAGAUUUCUAUCGAAAUACAAUGGAUUUUCUUGUACAAGUUUGAGACAAAUUUCACUAUCAUCUACUGGCAGAGAUAAAGUUAACAACGCCUUCAACUGGGAAGAUCCAUUCAAUCUCGAGUCUCAACUGACAUACGAGGAGGUAUUGAUCAGAGAUCAGUUACGAACCUAUUGUGGCGAGAAACUUUUGCCUCGAGUAAUCGAAGCGAAUCGCAAUGAAAUCUUCCACAAAGAGAUAAUGAGGGAAAUGGGCGAGUUGGGCAUCCUAUGCUGUACCAUAAAGGGUUAUGGGGCCGCUGGUGUCUCCUCCGUGGCGUAUGGGCUUAUUGCAAGGGAAAUCGAGUACGUGGACAGCGGAUACAGAUCCGCUCUGUCGGUACAAACGUCUUUGGUUGCCGGUGCGAUUGACGCUCAUGGAAGCGAUGCACAAAAAGAAAAAUUCUUACCGAAAUUAAUAUCGGGCGAGUAUAUCGGCUGCUUCGGAUUAACAGAGCCCGACCACGGAAGCGAUCCCUCUUCCAUCGAGACCAAGGCGAUUUACGAUUCCAAAAAAAAAGUUUACAAAUUGUCUGGAAUCAAGAUAUGGAUCACGAAUGCUCCGAUCGCCAAUAUAAUGAUAAUCUGGGCGAAAUGCUUGGAGGACAACGAGAUGCGAGGAUUCAUCGUAGAGAGGAAGGAGAACGAGAAUCGACUGAUCACCCCUGUGAUCAAGGGUAAAUUCUCUCUGAGGUGUUCCAUCACAGGUAUGAUCCUCAUGGACAACUUGGAGGUGCCGGAGGAGAAUAUGCUCCCGAACGUGAAAGGUCUCAAAGGACCGUUCGUCUGUCUGAACAACGCCAGAUACGGAAUCGCUUGGGGCGCUUUGGGUGCAGCCGAGGCCUGUUUACACAUAUCCAGAGCGUACAGUCUGCACAGGAAACAGUUCAAAAGGCCAUUGGCCGCUAAUCAAUUGAUACAGAAGAAGCUGGUCGAAAUGAUGUGCGACAUUUCGUUUGGCCUUCAAGCUUGUCUGAGGGUGGGCAGGCUGAAGGACGAGAACAAAGCCACCCCAGAGAUGAUCUCGAUGAUAAAGAAGAAUUCUGCCAUGAAAGCAUUGGAAAUCGCUAGGAACGCUAGGGAUAUGUUGGGUGGCAAUGGAAUAUCCGAUGAGUAUCAUGUUAUCAGGCACAUGAUGAAUCUGGAAAGUGUUGUCACUUAUGAAGGUACGGAUAAUAUCCACACUUUGAUACUCGGCAGAGCGAUUACCGGCCUGUCGGCCUUCGGUAAAGAAAUGUAAAGAGAUUGUUCAUCGUACAAUUAUAUUAUAUAUCUAUUUUUAUACGAACUUAUUUUAUAUGUAGAUUGUACAUUUAUAUAUAGUUUUGAUAAAUCGAAUUGAAAAAAAAAGAAAAAAU